AUGAAUAGCCAAUACCUAGCGUCCUACAACUGGCUUGAUCGAGCAAACUGCACCAUUGUUGCUCCAGGCGAGCCGCCCCAAUUCAAAAAGCCAGAUAAACCCACAAAAUUUCGCGAAGGCUCCGGUACAUACUACCGCAACCAAAAUGCCUCCCGCCACCCAACCUAUCCACUGGAGCCAAUGAGCCGUUCAAAUCCAGCUGCAGAAAACAGACCAUCGAUCCUCGUCGAGGCUGUCGGGGACACAGUAUUCUUUCUGCGACGUGAGAAGUCGCCCUUCGAGACUAUCCCAGGUGUUUAUGGGUAUGGACACUCGUUUCCGGAGGCAUAUACAGCCUGGGCAUACGACAUGCGGGGUUCGGAGUCAUACCAGCGCAUAUUAGAGUACGAGUUUGCGGGUAUGAAGGCUUUGAUUAGAUUUGAAGGAGACGGCUUUUUGCCAGAGCGUGUUCCAGGUCAUGGGGACAGACCGAAGGCGCCGCCUUCCGGGCUUUCUUCAAAUUCUCAGUCGUACUCGGAUACUAGGUCUAUUCCUAGGGAUACGAUGGAUGAAGAGUUGCUCGAGUCGAUGGCCAAUACUGCAGACUCGGCUGCAUACCCAACUAAAUCGACAGAGCAGACAAAGUCUCUUCGUAUUGAGAAAAGGGAACGGCGCAUCCCUCAAUCUACAGUGUUCGAUUUAAAAUCUCGAUCAAGGACAAAGAUAGAUGCUGAUACAGCGUCAGAAGAGAUGCCCAGGUUGUGGGUUGCUCAGAUCCCAAACUUCAUGCUAGCACAUCAUGAAUCCGGAGUCUUCACAUCGAUCAAGAUCAUUGAUACAAAAGAUGCUAUUCAAGCAUGGGAGGAGGAAUAUCAAAAAGCCUUGGCAGAGUUUGCGGCCCGUUUGAGGAGGUUGGUGGCAUUUGCAAGGAGUAUGGGGAAGUUUGAGAUUGUUCGGGAGAAUGUUGGCGAAGAGCUUGAGUUACGAGAGCAGGGAGGGGAUAUCACUGGUGUAUUACCGCCUGAUUUAAUGGAGACAUGA